AUGCUACCAGCAGCAGAUCAGAGCAGUUUCUCAGUCCUCCACUGUUUUGAGCCAGUGAUCUUCUCUCCUUGGAUCUUGUGUACUCAAGAAAAGAAAAUGCAGAUUGUCAGAAUCCUUCAGAUUUGAUACUCAGCACUGUUAUGAUCUCUUCAUUACUGGAUGUGGAGUCUGAAUAUCAGAAUUGAUAUAGUGAAGGUCUUCUCUAUUAAACUGAGGACCAACCUAAAAUCAACAAAGUAACACUGGGCCUAACACAAUCAGGAAAUCUGUGUCUCUUAGUGGGAAAAGCAACCAACCUGUCCAUCUUCUGCCCUGUCCCAAAACCUCAAUGUGAUGGUCAUGCUGCUCUUCCCCAUGCAGCUGCUGGCAGUGGCUGUCACUGUUUACCUAGAGCUGGUGAGGUCUGCUCAAGGUGGUGCCUACUAUGGGCUCAAGCAGCUGCCACCUCAGGUGCCCCAGUACCAACCCCUCGGACAACAAGUACCUCACAUGCCGCUGGGCAAAGAAGGCAUCCCGAUGCAGCACCUGGGCAAGGAGGUGCCCCGCAUGCCCUACGGGAAGGAGUACCCCCAUCUGCCCCAGUACAGGAAGGAGGUCCCGCAGAUGCCCAUGCUCGGCAAGGAUAUGGCUCCCAAGAAAGAGAAAGAAAUUCCCAUGCGCAGUCUGAGGGGUGAGCAAGGUCCCCCGGGUGAGCCUGGACCAAGAGGGCCACCAGGGCCACCAGGAUUACCAGGUCAUGGUGUACCAGGAGCCAAAGGAAAACCAGGCCCGCAAGGAUACCCAGGAAUUGGAAAGCCGGGUUUGCCAGGGAUGCCAGGAAAACCAGGGGUCAUGGGGCCCCCAGGGCCAAGAGGGGAGAUGGGGCCAAAGGGGGAGAUUGGGCCCAUGGGGAUACCUGGACCGCAAGGACCACCAGGGCCUCAUGGGCUUCCUGGGAUAGGGAAAGCGGGUGCUCCGGGACUGCAGGGGCAACCAGGGCCAAAGGGUGAGCCUGGGAUGAAGGGGCCACCAGGAAUCCCUGGGAUCCCAGGGCCAAAAGGGGAGAAGGGGGUCGGGAUCCCAGGUUUGCCAGGUCUGAAGGGUCCACCUGGGCUGCCUGGUCCGCCCGGCCCCGUGGGAUUGCCAGGGGUUGGCAAACCCGGCAUGGUUGGCUUCCCUGGCCCACAGGGACCCCUGGGCAAACCCGGACCCCCAGGAGAGUUGGGUCUGCAGGGGCCUCCAGGGGCCCCUGGGAUCCAAGGCCCUCCCGGCCCGCCUGGUAUUGGCAAACCAGGCCAGGACGGCAUGCCCGGCCAGCCCGGCUUCCCGGGCGGCAAAGGGGAGCAGGGAUUGCCAGGCCUGCCCGGGCCCCCCGGCCUCCCUGGGGUUGGGAAGCCGGGCUUCCCCGGGCCCAAAGGGGAGCGAGGUGUGGGUGGUCUGCCUGGGCCCCUGGGGCCGAAGGGGGAGAAGGGGCACGCGGGGCCACCUGGCAUGGGAGGGCCACCAGGGGAGCCCGGCCAGCCAGGACUGCCGGGCAUCAUGGGCCCCCCGGGGGCCGCCGGUUUCCCGGGACCUAAAGGGGAGGAAGGUGCCGUAGGGGCACCAGGACCAGUCGGCCCCAAGGGGGAACCCGGCCUGCAGGGUUUUCCAGGAAAGCCAGGCUUUCCUGGGGAAGUGGGUGGCCCUGGGCUGCGGGGGCUGCCGGGUCCCACAGGACCCAAGGGGGAAGCCGGACACAAAGGCUUGCCGGGGCUGCCGGGAGUCCCGGGUCUUGUGGGGCCAAAGGGUGAGCCCGGGCUCCCCGGUGCCCAGGGGCUUCAAGGCCCCUCGGGCAUCCCGGGCAUCGCGGGACCCAGUGGUCCCAUCGGCCCCCCCGGGCUGCCAGGGGCGAAGGGGGAGCCAGGCAUGCCCGGCCCCCCCGGCUUCCCUGGGGUAGGCAAACCUGGUGCUGCGGGGCUGCAGGGACCCCCGGGAAAGCCGGGCGCGCUCGGUCCCCCUGGCCAGCCUGGGCUCCAGGGGCCACCCGGCCCCCCCGGGCCGCCAGGUCCCCCGGUCAUCAUCCCACCCACUCCACCAGCCGUGGGACAGUACCUGCCUGAGGUGGGGCCAGGGAUAGAAGGCUUGAAGCCCCCCUACGGCUACAAGGGCAAGAAAGGCAAGGCUGGCGGCAUUGUCUACGAGAUGCCCGCAUUCACGGCAGAGCUCCUCACGCCCUUCCCCCGCGUCGGGGUACCCGUGAAGUUCGACAAGCUCCUGUACAACGGCCGGCAGAACUACAACCCGCAGACGGGGAUCUUCACCUGCGAGAUCCCCGGCGUCUACUACUUCGCCUACCACCUGCACUGUAAAGGCGCCAACGUGUGGGUGGCGCUGUACAAGAACAACGAGCCGCUCAUGUACACCUACGACGAGUACAAGAAGGGCUUCCUGGACCAGGCUUCGGGUAGCGCCGUGGUGCAGCUGAUGCACGGAGACAAGGUUUACGUUCAGAUGCCAUCCGAGCAGGCGGCAGGACUCUAUGCCGGGCAGUACGUUCAUUCGUCUUUUUCAGGGUAUUUAUUGUAUCCCAUGUAAAACAAAACAGACACCCACACACACAACACACACACAAAAUAAAAAACUUUCUCCUGUGCUUCUAACUUUUAUACAACAAAAGAUGCAUUUUAUGACCAUUUUGGACCAUCUUGUACAAAAACAAAAAUAAUAAAUACAAAGUUUAACAUUAUGCACAGCUAGUUAUAAAAAAAAAAAAGGUGUGGUGAACAUAUCUAAAGAUGUGUAUCAGGUUCAUAAACAGUUGUUUUGCACCCAAGGGGGACAUAUUAGCUGUACACAUUAUAUAUUUCCGCAAUGCCAUGCUUACUUAAUUUCAUUCACAGUAAUUCAGUACUCAAAUUCAAAUCAGUGUAUGUCACUCACUCCUGUUGCAUUGAUCAUAGUUAUGAGAUGAAAAACAGUGACUUAAAGCAGAGUAGGUCAGUCUCUAAUUAUAUUUUUAAAAAAUCGAGUGGCUUAUUUUUCUGGGUGGGGGUUUUCUUGGAUUUUUUAUAGCAGGUCUACCUGACAAGUAAAGGUUUCCUUAGCUGGAGACUCGUAUUUCCCUUCCCCUGUAAUAAAAUAAUCCUGCACGUGUGGGUUUUUUUCCUAAACAAUUUAUUUAUGAUGAAAGAGGAAUCCUGAUGGCAUGACCAUUCCCCCUGAGCCUUCUCCAGCAGGACCUAAAAUGUCACUAGUGACUCCGGCAGGCACUGGUUUCACCUCCAAAUGCCACAGCACUUGAAAAGUCUCCGUUCUCUAUUCACACAGCCAAGUAGAUGAGGUCAAUCUCCCCCAUUUACUUGAGCCACGUCAUUGAGACAUUUUGGCCAACACACGGUAAUACUUCAGGGUGGCAUAAAUUUGCUUGGAUUUCUGUGCUUGUACCAAGAACUCACUUGGCUUGUCAGAAGAGACACCUAUUCUGCCACUCAGCAAAAGCUGACUCAGUUUGCUCUUCAAUGACUAGGCAAAGCAGAAGCAGCUCUGUUUGCUUAACUGAUUUGUUGCUUGAGAACAACCAAUAACUUUACCGGCAAUACUGAUCACGCAAAUUUAUCCGAGAACUUGGUUCUGUCUAAAAACUGAUUUCCAAUCCUUAUUUGUAUGUUACCAGUUGUCAAGGAGAACCUGCAGGCCGCAAUACUUUUUCUGUACUUGAGGACAUCGACUUCUGUGCACGAAGUCUCUGUCUGCUCAUCAGUGGUGCUAAUCUCACCUCAGCAAGUGUUCUUUCCAAAGGGCAGUGGACCUUGCUCUGGUUCCCUGUACAGUGCUGCACAUCACACAUGGCUGCGCUAGUUCAAGUGGUUAAGUGCUCAUCACUUCCUCAGUGUCUUUAACUACCGCUACUGCUUUCGAUUCAAAAAUAAACUAGAUUUUUUCAUGCAGAACUAAGAUUGGAUUUAACUGGCAUUAUCAUUAUUUAAAUGCAGAGUUUAAUGCAGUCUAACGUUGACUAAGGAUUCCAGUGAUAUAAUGUGGUGCUUUAUCUCAGAAAUUUUAUGGAACAGUGGCAGGAAUGGAUGGACAGUUUACCAGACACUGGUGACUUCAGUAUGUUCCCAGAAUAUAUGAGAUAUGUCAAAAGCAAAUAAUUUUUGUAUUUAAAAUUUUUGUACUGAUUUGAAAGAAAUAUCUUAUUAAAUAUCUUUAAAAAUAAGACCAAAAACCAAUUCUGUCUUCAUUCAGAACUAACAGAAGGAACAUUCAUCCUGCUGAACUCAUUUAUCAGACCACAAGGGCUCUCUGAAACCACUGACAGCCUGAUAUAGGGGGGGAAAAUUAAGAGAUACACCCUUUUCUCUAGUUCCCAUCUCCUGGCAAAACAUGCUCUAAGAGAGGGAACACGUCCCAUUUGGUGGGAGGGCACAGCAGGGUCUGGGGGGUGCACAAAGAGGGAAGGGCUCCCUCAGGCAGCCCCUGGGGACAGAUACUGCUCAGCAUGAGCCAACACGGGAGUGCAGCUGAAGAAGGCAGAGGGGCAGCCAAGGAAUCAGCCACAGAGGCUGCUGCUAAGGGCUUGUGUUGCCUGAAAAGGCAGUACUGGCUGCCCAGGAUGAGAGGUUCUGGCUCUCCUGAUGUGGCUUCCCCACCUCACCUCAAAGACAAGCAUUUUGUCCAAGCUGGUGAACUCCUGAACUGUCCUUACUGAAAGCAAUGCACUGAAUACCUACUGUGCUAGAGAACUGUUAUCCAAAUCUCCCUUGGACUCCCUGAAGCCCUCAGCAUCUCAUUUUUACUGCACAAAGGAAAAACAGCUAGCUAAGUACUGCACUCUCAGCAUCUCUCUAUCUAAAGCCAUUUUCACUUUCUGAAAAUUUUUAUUGCACACUAUUGUCUUUGUUCUGCAUCUCUUAUUUUAGCAUUCCCCCGCCAGCCCACAGUAAGACAAACAAGAUUCAAAAUACAGUGAAAAAUUCGAAUCACAAGGAUGCUGUUCUUUAUCUUACCCACAAAAAACAUGUCUCAGCUAUGGCUGUACUCAGCCUGGAGUUAGAUCUCUAGCCACAGUACAACUCUGCCCACCUAGGUUCAAAAACUUUCAGCUGUUUGCU